AUGCAAGGGCUGGGCCGGUUUGCGCAUUCCGACGACGACUCGCCGGGACCGCCUCAGUCUGGGACUGCCCUGAUCACUGAUCAUGCCAUGUACCAGCGAGUGCCUACAAACGAGUUCUUCGACGCAGCCCCAGAGCCUCGGUGCUGCAGCACGCGCGGCGUGACGUUCAACUUCCUGGUCGGGGUGGUGGUCUGUGCCAACGCCCUCCUUCUGGGCAUUGAGGCGGACUUGGGCCUCCUCGGCCCUGCAGGGCCCAAGUGGACAGGCUUCGAGACCGAUGUGCUGAGCAUGCAUGCGGUGGGCAAUGAGUUGGAGAAGGGCAUUGAGUCUGAGAUCAAGUCCGGCAUAAAAGCUGACCGGAUCAUCAAGGAUGACCUCCGGUAUAAGGUGAACGAGACGAUUCACAAAGAUAUCGCCUUCAACAGCGAGUUGGCCUUACCGUCUGGGGGGCAGCUCAAAUACGCCGCCUACACUGUCUGCGAGUACUUCUUUGUGCUUUUCUAUUUGCUCGAGAUGUUCCUCAGAAUGUGCGACCUUGGAUGUCGCAACUACUGUUGUGCUGGCCUCAGCUUGGCCGGCAGGGAGCUGUGA